UGCUGCUCCUGCUGCUCUCUGACACUGCAACUCUACGACUCAGAAAUUACUGGAGUGUUACCACGCGGAGUAUUUCAGGAGCGAAGCUGAUGGAAACGGAGCUCGCGAGACAUGUGCGCGAACGUUUUCAGCGCGUUGAAAAGCCUGUUUGGGAAACCAUUUGAUGGUGGGAAGAGGACAAUGGAUCAUGGCAAUCAGCAGCCACAGACCCAACAGAUGCCAGGAGCUUUUCCAGGACCAUAUCCAGGGCCCUUCCCAAGUUAUGGAGGGCCCCAGGGACCUUACCCUGGCCAGCACCCUGCCUUGAGACGGCUGGAUGAAGUGCAGAAGGAGAUUUCCAGUCUGGGUCCCCAGGUGUGCUCUUUCAGUGGCCUACAGAAUGACAGAGAAUACAAACGACUGGAGCGAGAGCUAACCAGACUACUACUGGAGGUCGAUAAGGUGGAGACAGAGGGCCGGCCGGAGCUCCAGCAGCCUCGGAAGCGUGCAGCAGGAGAGGUGGAGGGUUUGCUUCGGUACUUGGAAGGCAACGCUACGCAUCCAUCACGGCUGGCUAUUGAGGAGCUGACCCAGAAGGCACAGAGGUUGCUUAACGAGGGAGUUGUGUUGCCCUUCCGGCAGGGCCAGGCUCUAGAUGCGUUUGAGAUCAGUGAGGAGCUGGUAGAGGCUGUGCAGGAUGUGGCCAUGAAGCUGGCUCAAGUGAAGACAGGUGGGAGCAUACCGCUCCGGAAGGCCCGUUACAAGGCACUGACCCGGAUCUGUGCUGUACAAGAAUUACUAGAGGGUCGUGUACGUACUCAUACUCUGGCACUGCCGCUGUCCAAUGACACACAUGAGGCCGUGCAGCGUAUCAACCAAGUCAUGGCGCAGGUGAGUAGUGCCCGGUGCCAGGAAGUGGCUCUGCUGAUGGGUCUCAGUGGACGUGACAGCUGUACCCACCUUGCACGAAUCCUUACAGAGCUCCUGGUGGAACUGGAUGCUCUGGAUGUGUCUAGUAACGCUGCUGUCAGGAAUUACAGAAAACAAGUUGUGGAGGAGAUCAAUGGCCUUCUGAAACAUCUAGACCUGGAGGGAGAGGGAGAGGACACACGGAGGUAUGAUCUAGCGCAGAAUGACUCAAUUCGUGAAAUUGAGGCAAUUAGGGGGCGUGUCUCAGUGCUGCGGGAGGAGAUCCUUCGGCAUGGUGGUGCAGGACAGGGGACAGAGCUACAAGGUCUCCUCACUCACCUGGAUCAAGUGGAUACGGGCCGUAACCCCUGCAUUCGGGAGGCACGCCGCAGGGCUGUAUUGGAAGUUCAGGCCCUCAUCACCUACCUAGAACUGUGGGAAGCCCUCGGGCGUCGUAACCCGGGACCAGAUGAGCCCCCAUCGCAUGCUGCCGUGUGGCGUGUUUUAGCCAGCCUGUGUGACCUGCAUGGUCAGGUGUUGGGCUUUGAUGGAAAGAGAGCUGACAAGAGUUACAUGUUACUGGAAGAGCUACUGACCAAACAACUUCUGGCUCUUGAUGCUGUGGACCCUCAGGGCGACCAGGGGACAAAAGUUGCCCGGAAGCAAGCUGUUAAACAUGCCCAGAAUAUCCUUAGUUACCUGGAUAUGAAGACAGAUGAAUGGGAGUACUGAGAGACAGAAAAUACUGCAGAAUUGGAGAGAAUUUCCUGAAUAAAGAGCAGCAAGAAAGUGUUUUUUUGCCUUGUGUAUGACCUAUCAUUUCACGAUAUAGCAGAUCCGGGGAUGUAGGCCAUGGGCAAAAUUUGUAUUAAUUUGUAUAUAAAAGACUUGGUGUUUUAGCAAGACUGUUACUCGUGAUUCACUGCGGCUGGUGUAUUUGUUGGUCCUUUGCAGGUAUCUGAAAACAGCCUUUCUUCUGGCAGAAGGAAACCCAGUUUCUACUGCACACAAUGCAUUGUUUUCAUGACAAUAUUAAUUCCAUGAUCUUUUCAGUUGAAUCUGCUAUUGAUUGGUGUGAUGUGGUGCUAAACCCUGUUUUGCUGCCAUACUUUUCUUCCUGCUGUACCACAUGCCUGUGUGGAGGACAUUGUUGUGAAUUUCAGUCUUCUUUUUUUUUGCUGCGUGGACACAUCAGCUCUUUAUUCCUGUCCAGUUAGAGCCAUUAAGGAGCAUAUUUGCUUCUGUUAUGGACAAAACAGGUUCAAACAUUCAAUUGCCGGUAAUCACCCAUAAUGGAAAAUGAGGUCCUAGCUUAGGGUUUAUAGGUUUAAUUUCUUCUCUUAAUGGCGCUUUCAGAGCCUGGGCUCCUCCUAGUACAGUUAUGAGCCAAAUGUAAACAACAGCUGACCCUAGUUGUGGGAACCACAAUAUUUUCAAAGUUCCUGCAUAUACUUUAUAUAUAUAUAUAUAUAUAUAUGAAUAUAUAAGUUUUCCAGUUGACAUCGAAAUAAACAUUGAAUUCAACUUAAAGGAUGUCUUUUUCAUAUGAGAGAAAAGAAAUGGGAGAUAGAAAAGCUGAUUAACUAUAUAGCUGGAAAUAUCAAUCAAUUUACUAACCCUAUUUUCCAGUUUUGUCAGAUUUAUAAGGGAGGGGGCCAAAACUGUAGUGAGACAUUAAGAUGUUUCCUCUCGGUAAUGAUAUAGAGGACAAAAAAAUAGAAACUAAUUCACGUGUUUGUUUUUUUUUUUGUCUUCAUUAUUUGUUUUUGCUCUUGGGGAAAGAGUGUCUCUGAAAGCCACCAGGGAAUAGCAGAGAUUGAAUGUGUGUGGCUAAUUUGGUCUUGAGAGGGUUCAAAGUGGACAGGGGCAUUCUAGGACAUUUUCAUUGGAGCAGUAUAGAAAGACAGCAAGCUAUCAAACAAGCACUCAAAACUCUGGCUAUGUUCACAGUUGAAUGUGAACCAAAUCUGAUUUUAUCCCUCACAUGUGACACAGAUCUGUGUUUUGGAUGACUGUAAGAACAUCAAUAGUCAUACUGAACCUGACAUUUUCAAUUGUGAUUGGGUCACUUUCAUAUGGGGAAAUAAAUUGGAUGUGUAUCUUUAUUUGCAAUAUGACUUCACCAUGAUCAGUCAGGUCAUAAUUCAGGCCUUUUUUCCCUCCAUGUUUUCAUAAAUAUAACUCGACAUUCAUUAUAUUUGCACAUUUGAUUUAUGCUUGAAUCAUAAUUAAAAAUGUAUGAAUUGCACUAUAUGCAGUAUUACACAGAAAGUAAUGAAAAUAUACAAUAUUAAUUGAAUGAUGUGGCACUUGCUUUUAACUGUAACAAUUAGUGAUCAACCAAUAUGGGGUGUAUGGAUGUUGCUAGAAUUUGGAACUGACACUUUUGUUAUUUGGUCAAGCUGGCAUGAAUAUGGCCAAUACUGGUAAUCUGAAAAUGCUCAAAAUAUCAGCCAGUAUUUAUUAGUCUCACUAGUAAUAAAAGAAAGUGAAAAUACAAAUUAAAAUUUUCAAGGAAUCAACUCUUACUUCAUUUAUUUAAAAUAUAGGUUACAGUAAGACACAAUGGAAGGAAAUGGGCCAGCCCAUAAAUGCUCAAAUACACACUGUUUUAAAAGUAUUAAAUAUUAUGUCAACAUUAUUUUAGUGUGAUAAAACCACUUACCAACCUUAUCAGUUAAGUUAUAUCCGAUAUUGCAACUUUGUAGACAUGAUGACGUAAUGCCAGUGAACACUGUAAUCUGGAAAAUGCCGUAACGCUCUUAAAUUCCUGUAAAACACUAAAAUCAUGUUAAGAUGUAUAAUUAUUGCUUUUGUGGCAGUACUUUUGAAACAAUGUGUAUUUUAAAGUUAAUUUACUGGCCACAUUCACUUCCAUUGUAAAUGCUUUUUGUUUUGUUUUUUGUAAAUGGUGUCAAUAUUUCUUUUCUGGUGGUAAUCAACAUCAAUUGAACUUAAGUUGCAUUGAAC